ACACCGAGCGACGCGCACGCUCCUGUAAUGCAACAGUGCUAAUCCCGCGCCAAACAACAUGGAGGGGCUCCCCCCCACCCAGUCGCAAGAGCCGGACGAGGGCAUCUCCACCGACCGCAGGCCCUCCACCGACGACCACGCCGACCUCUCCGACUCUGCCUCCGAAACGGGAUCCGGGGGCGGCAAAGACUCCGGCUGCGAAGUCGCCGCCGAAACGCAGGAGCCCCCUUACACCCCACCCGACGACGAGCUAGCCAACAGAAUCGUCUCCCAAGUGGAAUUCUACUUCUCCGACGCGAAUAUCACUAAAGACGCCUUCCUGCUCAAACACGUCAGGAGGAACAAGGAAGGGUAUGUCUCCCUGAAGUUGAUAUCUAGCUUCAAGCGCGUCAAGCACCUCACGAAAGACUGGAGGGUCGUCGCUGAGGCUCUGAAAAGGUCGACGAAACUAGAGAUUAAUGAAGCUGGCACUAAAUUGAGAAGGAUCGAUCCGCUGCCGGCCUACGAUGAGACCACGCCGUCCAGGACUGUCGUGGCGGUCAAGAUGCCCAUCGACCGGCCCACUGUGGAGAACGUGUCCAGACUGUUCGCCAGCUGCGGCGAAAUCGCGCUAGUCCGUGUGCUGCGGCCCGGGAACCCGGUGCCGGCUGAUGUGCGUCAAUUCCUCAACAAGAACCCGAGUUUGGUUAACUGUGUGUGUGCGUUAGUCGAGUUUACCGAGUCUGAAUCUGCCAGGGAAGCCUUGCGGUUACAAGCAGUGGACGAGGAAGGUAUGAGAGUGUACGAAUUGAACGGAGUGCCUCGAGAGCCCAAGAGGAAGACUCCCGCGCGUCGGCCUUCGCAGCGCCGCCACGAGUGCGAGUACUCCUCAUGCUGCAGCGGCUCCGAAGUGGAGUACGAAUACAGAUAUACAGCGCCGUACUACCGCCGCAGCUCCAGCGGCUUCUUCGCGCCGCGCUCGCCAGAGAUCCAGACGUGGGUACCGCGGCGGCCGUCGACCUGCAGUCACAGUUCGGACUCUGGAGUUUCUUUCUACUGCAACUCUAGGAGGACUUCUCAAGCUAGCACAGGUAGCGCGAGCAGUGCCGAAGGUUGGUUGUCGCGACGAUUGUCGGGCUGUUCUCUGUCAGGGACAGAAUGCGGGGGAAGGCGGCUAUCCUGCGCUCCGCGGUUCGAGCCGAGGGCGCCAUUAGUUCCGGAUGGCACGAGGGGUUUCCACGCGGCCGCGCGCCAGCGCCGGAUCUCGGACUUGGCGCUGUACUCGCGCUAGAAAGCGGCCGCCGACCGUGACACCUUUCUAAUCGUUGGAUAACGCCUUUCACGUCGUUUUCGAUCGUAGGAAGCGAGCCUCCGAUUGUGAUCGCGUGUGGCUACUUGGAAGGUUUCCGCGUUUUCUCUCUUCGCGCACUGCGAAACGAAUACUUACCAUUAGUUUUAAUUUCGAUAGUUACCUGCCUCGGUAUGUGUUCGUUUUGACAGUGGAAUGUGAUCGCUAAGCUCAUCUAGGUUUAAGUAAAACACAGCUGUGUUUAGAAUGUAUAUUUGUGUAAUUUAUUAGAGUAUUUAUUGUUUAUUUAUUACGAGUUGCGCGCGCGCGCCGGGGUCGAGUUUUCAUCGGAGUUAUGUUAGAGUUGUUAGCACAAACAAACAUACAAAAUCGACAUUAUGCGAUUGUAGACUCCUCUGAGGGACCAAGGCAGUUUAAAAACUACAGAAAAAAAGUGUUAUUUUUGUAAUUGCUGUCUCGAAUUCGAAUAAAAUUCGCAUGUUUAUUGAGUGAGUCAUCGAUUACAAAAAUAGCGGCCCCAGAUAUACGUAAUUUGACUGUUACAUCUGAGGUAACGGUGAACAGACUGGUAGUUACCCAGAGCAUGACGUUAUGUAACAUGUAUAAUAUGAAUAGUUAUGCUUUCAACAAAAUAACCGACUUUAAAUGAUAAAUUACGUCAUGGAAAAUUUGAUUUUGAAGAGAGCGUAUGAAACGUUCUUGAUAGAAAAAAAAAACAUUAAAUGUUCGAAGUUCUUAACUUUUGAAAAAAAAAACAUUCCUUUUAUUAAAAGUAAAAAUAUUUUUGAACAAUUCAAAAGUAGAACGAAAUAAAAUUUGUUUUAAGUCGGUUUUUUUGCAUUCGUUCUCAAAUGACACCAAAUUUGAGAACUCCCAAUUGUUUUUUUUUUUGGCAAAUCCUUUUCUUAUCUGAGAUCACUUUAAGCUUUUUCUCUUAGUCUUAAUACCUAUUUUUUGAUAGAUAAAAUUUAAAAAAAGAGCUGCCUUAAACCUCGGCUUAUUAAGGCCCUGUCGCGUUUAGGCGAAACCUGACAAUAAAAAGUUAGUCAAGUUAAGUCAGUCGCGCCAUUUAAUUUAAGUUAGUUUAAGUAAUGUGAUUGUACAGAUAAUGAAUUUUUAGAUAUUUAUUCCGCGCCUUGCACACAACACUAGGCGAUGUAAAUUUUAAUAUAAGAUUUUGAAGAAU